AUGGAGGUCCUACCAGCUGGGUUUUCAGACUUUCGAGAUAGGAAGUACUGGAAUAGAUUCUUUCAAGCUUUUGACAAAAAGAAUUUCGAAUGGUAUGGGACCUAUGGGGAUAUAAGACAUAUCAUAUAUCGGUGCAUAAGAAGCAGGAUGAAAUAUUUUUCCGUUGAUCGAGGGGAGAUGAAUGGCAACGUAGGGAUCGAAGCGAGUGGCGAGGUGCACGGGGAAGGCAUAAAUAAGAACUGUCUAAUCAUAAACGCUGGGUGUGGUAACUCCAACUUAAGUUAUGAACUGUUACAAGACGGAUUUAAGAACAUUGUAAAUAUAGAUUACUCAGAUAUAGUCAUCAACAAAAUGAAGAAAAAGUUUGGAGAUAAAAUGGAGUAUGUAAAUAUCGAUAUGAGAAAUGUAGAAGAGUUUGAGAGCCUUUUAGAAAAGUUAGAAAACGAAAGAAUAAAAAAAAAAAAAAUAGAUUUUAAAAUAUUUUUUGAUAAAGCCUUUUUAGAUGCAUAUAUAUCAUGUGAAGAAAACGAAGAGGAAGUGUGUAAAAAUAAUGCAAAGAAUUAUUUUUCUCUUAUAUUCAAAUAUUUAAAAAAAGGAGAUAUAUUUAUUAUAAUUACACUUGCACAGUAUUAUAUAAUUAAAGAGGUUAUUCGGAAUGUCUACAAUGAAGACAUAAUGCUAGAUGUGUACCCUUUUUUGAUAAAACAAAAUACAAGUGAAUUUAAAUAUCAUCCAUUCUUGUUCUCGUUUUAUAAAGCUCAUAAAGACAAAAAAAAAUUCACUACAAAUUUUGUAAACCUAGAAACAGGGAUUAAUAAUGUUAUAUCUCUGUGGAAAUUGCCUAAUGAAAUAAAUGAAACGAGAGAAAAUUUAAAUAUUCAUAUAUUUAAAAAAGGAAAGAGAAUAAUCUUGGAUAUUUUUAAUAAAAAUUUAAAUAAAUGUGAUUAUAACGUAAUUGUUUACGAUUCGUGUAAUGAUGCUACAAUUUACAACACCAUUGUUAUACUCGUACCAUUUGGAUAUGAAUUUCAUUCUCUUUAUUCCACUGCUGAGGGAAAUGAAGAAUUGGCUUCCAAAGCACGAGCUAAGCGACUCCUACUGGUGAUGAAUUCAACCUUUCUAAUUCCCCCAAGUGGAAGAAAUAUAGAACCUUCAGAUCAUGAAAACGAUAGUGCAAGAGGAAGCAAGGUAGAUAUUCUAUCUGCUAAAAGUAACAUAAGGGAAAAUCCAUCCACCUCCAAUGCCAUCACCAAUGUCAUCACCAAUACCACCAGCAAUACCACAAUAAUGGAUAUAUACCAGUAUGAGAAGGGUGAGAUGAAGAAACACAGUGAGGUCGAAAAUAAUCAAAAAGGCAUAUAUUAUGAAUGUAUAAAAGAGAAGAAAAAAGAAGGAGCCUUGAGAAGUAAAGUAAAACAAGAACAAUCGAAUAGUAAUAACUUUAGCGAACUUCGGAACGGUGCUUAUAUCGAAUUGUACGAAAAUAAAAAUUCAGUUAGCGUCCUUUUAGAUUCAAUAAAAAAUGAGUUAAAAAAUAUUCUGAAUGAUUUGGCUCUUCCCAAUUCUGACAAUUUCCCAAUCAUGGUACUGAACGAAAGUGUGAAAAACUGCAAAAUUGUUAAACAGAAAAAAUCUCAUUACUGCUCGAGUAUCAUAAUUAGGGACGUUCUUGUAACUGAAGAAUUUCUUUCAGAAAAUUUUCACUUGGAGGGGAAGGAGAAAAGAAUUGAAAAGUGGCAAAAUGGUGAAAAAAAGCGGAUCUCUAAUGAAAAUUCACAACAGGAUAGUGGAAAAGAUCAUCAGGAGGAGGAAACGCUACGAGCCAUACUCAAGAACAAAGCUGAAAAGCGUACUUAUUUCGAAAAUAAAGAAAUUUAUAAAAGGCAAAUGAUUUUUUCAUAUGAUCCAUUAACAGUACAAUCCGAGUUAAUAUACACGCAAGAGAAGAAGAAAAAAAAAAACAAAAAAAAAACAAAAAAAAAAAACAAAAAAAAAAACAAUAAUAAUACUGUUGAUGAUGCAAGCAAUGACGAGGAGGAGGACGACGAGGACGACGACAAAAUACAAUUCCAGUACAUCGAAUCAGCAAGUCAAUAUCACAUAAACUUCUGUUGUAGUCUUUUUUUCGUAAUAAAUAGUAAUCAUAAAAAGGAAGAAACUUUUAUCAAUUUAUGCAUCUUAGGAGGAGGUACUAACGUCCUUUCAAAUAUUAUAAAGUCCAUAUUUGCAGAUUUUUACUUACACAUUGAUAUUGUAGAAAUUGACGAGACUGUGAAAUCAUUUUAUUCUCUCUUCUGUGAUGAAGAAAUAGACAUUAAUAGGAAUCAUACAACCAAUUAUAUUAUUAAUGAUUCUUAUGAUUAUAUAAGAAAUUAUCCCCAGUCUCAAUUUUACCAUGCCAUAUUUCUCGAUAUAAAUAAUUCCCAAAACUCAUACAUCGAAAUGAAUAAUUACAAGAUGUAUAUCACUUGUCCACAUAUCAAAUUUUUGAAUAAAGAAAUUGUACUUAGAAUUAAAAACCUUUUGAAGAGCAAUGGAAUAUUGGUUAUUAAUGUUCUUACUAGGGAUAGCAUUGCAAGGAAACACAUUUCCCACUUUUUCAAAACAUUGUUUACAUCUAUCAUUAGUAUCCCAUCAGCUAAUAAGGUUAAAAGCGAAAUUAACGACGUCCUAAUCUGCACCCAAGAGGAUAUAACAACCGAAAAAAUUUCUGCCUUUCAAAGUGACUUAACAGAAAUGAUUAGAACAAACUACAACAAGUGGUUCUUAAACUUUGACUUGAAGAAUUUCUUAAAGAAUGUUAAGGUUUUGUGA